AGAGAAGCUCAAGCUCCUUCAAGUCUUCUUGUAUAUAAACACUCACAUGUUUCUUAGACACUUGUAAGGGUUAUAACAAAAGCAAAACUUAAAGAUAAAUAAGAAGAAGAAGAAGAAGGAGAAGCUGAGGCUCAACACAAUCAUGGGAAGACCACCUUGUUGUGAUAAGGUUGGGAUCAAGAAAGGUCCUUGGACUCCAGAGGAAGACAUCAUCUUAGUGUCCUACAUCCAAGAUCAUGGCCCUGGGAAUUGGAGAUCAGUCCCUAUAAACACUGGCUUGAUGAGAUGCAGCAAGAGUUGCAGAUUGAGAUGGACUAACUAUCUCAGGCCCGGAAUCAAGCGAGGAAACUUCACUCCACAUGAAGAAGGAAUGAUCAUCCAUCUCCAAUCUUUACUUGGAAAUCGGUGGGCAGCCAUAGCUUCAUACCUGCCACAAAGAACAGACAAUGAUAUCAAGAACUACUGGAACACUCACCUGAAAAAGAAGCUCAAGAAGUAUCAUCAAACAACUGAAAACUUCGGCAACUGUCAUGAUCUCAUGACUACCAGUAAUUCAUCUAUUUUUCCUACUUAUUCUCAAACUUCAUCUACUUAUGCCUCUAGCACUGAGAACAUAUCAAGGCUUCUUGAAGGGUGGAUGAGAACAUCAUCAUCAUCAUCAUCCCCUAAACAUAUUGCUGCAGCGACCAUGGACCAAAACAACAUGAUAAACAGUGGUUCGUAUGUUCCUGCUUCGCAUGGAGUGUUUGAAUCGAUGCUUUCGUUUGAUAACUUGAGCAGCAUUGCAUGGGAGAAAUCAUCUGCAGAAUCAGCAAUCUUCAAUGGUGAUUCUGAAGGGAAAGAGAGAGUUGAGAGCCAUAACAACCCUCCUCUAUCAAUGCUAGAGAAAUGGCUCCUCGAUGAGGCCACAGGACAGGCAGAGGAGGACCUAAUGGAGCUCUCCGGUGGUGAUCAGUGCUCCGAUUCAGUGAUCUUUUAACUCUUUUAUAUGAUCUUAUGCUUUAUCUGCAGCUGUUCUUGAGAUCAAAAGAGCUCCAGUUGUAAUGGCUGUUUUGUUUGCCAUAUUAGGCUUAUUAAUUACUGUUUCUGUAACUUUGAAAGGAAGACCGGGGAUAGAAAUCAUGAAAACAAGGUAAGGUUAUGUAGUUAAUUAUAUAUGUAUGAACUAUAUAAAUAAAAAUGGAAUCAUGCAUGCUCUAAUGCUUUCUCUUC